UGUGUCAUACUGUCAAAUAGUGGCGGGCGGGUGAACAUGUUUAAUCAUAGUUUGUUUUCUGUUUACUUUGAAUAUGUAAACAUUUAUUAAAUAAAAACACGAUGCCGAAAGCGAUACGUAAAAUGCUCCAAAAUGGAUACUCGCACGACGAACCUGAUCGAAUACCGAAUAAUAUAAAUAUAAAGAAUUUAGAUAUAAUUAUGUAUGUGGUUGCAAUAGUGGGACAUCUCGUGGACCUCGGCCUGGAUAUAAAUGUAGCUGUAAGAUAUUCUAUAGCACAAAAAAUGAUGGAGUUCGGAUGGACGUUGACAUUCAUCCUUUUGCCGGCAUUUGUGAACACCGCUGUCUCUAUACGAAUGUAUGCUCAAGACAAGCAACAGGACUCAGUAACCAAUGAGUUUACGAAGCGGCAUUGGCUGAGGAUCUUCAUUCUUGUGCUGCAACUGGCUCCGAUACUCAGAUUUACUGAUGCUCUUAUAUAUGCAAUAAAGUCCCGUAGAGCAGCACGCAAGCAUGACACAUCAUCACAGAGGAUGUACUACGGUCUGAUGCUGAAGGAGGACUCGGAUGCAGCACUGCUGAGGGUGUUUGAGUGCUUCUUAGAGGCGGCGCCACAGCAAGUGCUGCAGACUAGUCUCUUGUUUCGAGCUUACGAUCAUUUAGCAUUGCAUCAAAUUCUUUCAAUAUGCUCAUCGGUAGUUGGCAUGGGGUGGUGCCUCGCGGCGUACCAGCGCGCCGUGCGCUUUGCCCAGCAGGACAAGAACAACAUGAACUGGUGCGGCACAAUACUGCAGACAUUGUGGCACUUCCUUGUUACAUUAAGUCGUGUGCUAUCACUGUCCAUCAUCGCAUACCUGUAUCCGUACUGCACGGUGCUGGCGUGCGGCUGCCACGUGCUGGCCAUGUCCGCGUGGCUGCAGAUAUGUGACCGGCCGCCAUUUUGUGCGCACAACAAGAUGGCGGAGCUCGCGUUUUCCCUCGCACUCGGCGGUGUCUACCUCUUCACAUACAUCCUGCCUAUCGAAGGUAGGACUAGAUAUAGAUAUAGUGUUUAUUAUACUAUAUGUUUCUUUCAGAAUAUAACUUGUACCAUCUUGUGGUAUUUCUUUGUUGAUGAUGAUAUGAGAUCGUCUAUAUAUUUUUAUCCAGUUUUAGUGUUGAGUUUUGUUCCGUAUGUGUUAGGUUUAGUGUUUAUGGUGAUUUAUUAUUCCUUUUUUCAUCCGAAAGUGUUUGAUAAAAGCGAUGAAAUUGUUGUUACAUUCAAAAAUGAUGAAACUAUGGAAGUUAAUUCAUAGCAUUCAUUUUUGAAACUUUUUAUUUGGUCAAUGAAAUAGUUGAUGUGUUUCGUAAGAGUUAAUAAAAAUAUUAUUCAAUAUUUUAUAUUGAUCUGAAAUUUUUUUUGUAAUUUUCAUCUCACAAAUGUUACCAGUGAUGGUUUUGAAUUGAUUUUUCAAAUAAUGUAUUAAAAUAGUAUUAAUAUUUAUGAUGUAAUGUGCCUUAUUAUUGUUACUAAAUGAAAAAUAUUUAUUAUUGAAUAAUUUUCACUGCGGCAAUCUUCAUUAAAUGUGUCAAUAUGUCAAAUACACAAAACUAAAAGACUGUUUUACAUAAUAUUUUAUUUUUACACUAUUUUAUAAUAAAAUUAAGAGAAUCUCAAUACUAGCCAAUA